AUUUUUGAAAAUCCCAAACGAGUUUUAAAUAACAAAGUAUAUUCAGAAAUUAGGAGUAAUAUAGUAAUAUUUUGUAAAACCCUCCUAAAAUCUGGACAGUUCUCCACCGUCCGGCGAAUCGUCGACCAUCACUCCGGUGGUUCCAAUGCGGAGCACCAUCGUAACUCCUUCAAUAUUCCUUCUCUUCCUCCUCCUCCUCCUCUCUAACCCACUACCUUCUUCCUCCUUUUCCUUCCCCUUUUCCAACUACCAUACCCUCUUCUCUCUCUCCCACUCCCUCUUCUCCCGCAUCGCCAAUCUCCGUGAAUCUCGGGGAGACUACAAAGGCGCUGAUAGAGCUCGAUCCAUUGCUAGGAAACUGGAGAAUUGUUUGGGUAUUGGGUUUUGGAAAGUAAUGUGGAAUGUUGGUUGGGAUUAUGCUAGGAAUUAUGCGUGGAGAGAUGCUACGUUGUCGUUUGAGAUGUUUGGUGCUUUGUCUGAGUUGAAUGAGAUUCUGCGUGGUCUUAGUGAAUUUACGAGUGUUGGUUCGGAUAGCGAAAGGGUUAGUUGGAUGAAGCGGAAUUAUGAUAAUCUUUUCAGAGUUUCGAAAUCUCUUUUUGGUAGAUUUCGGAAGGUGUUUCGACAACCUGGUCCGCUGAAGGAAGCCCUAGAGACACUUCAGAAGGAAAUAUUAGAAGGUGAUUUGCUUAAGGACUGCCUUGAAUUGGGUUCUGCUGAUUUGAAGGGCUUGAUCACGAUUUUCAAGGAUAUUUCUUCAAAAUAUACCUCUGCUUUCUCUAGCCGGGCAGACCUGUGACUGAGUGAAGUUGAAACCAAGGUAUUAUGGUUAACUCAAGUUUUGUUGUUCUCCAGUGCAGUACUAACACAAGUGUAAAAGCUCAAUGUGAAGAAGCUGAACUUUUUGUUUUCAGGCUUGUAUUUUACUUAACUUGUGACGAGCCAAAACUAUCAUCUGAAUAUUUUUGAUAGUAUAAAAGUUGCUGAUUUUGUUCAACAAAAAAAAAAGGCUUUCUGAAAGGAACUCAAAGAAAUCUUCUUUAUAAUUAGUGUGAUAGUACUCAUAUAAUAGAAGACUAGAAGCUGCCUGACGUGGGCUGUAAAAGUAUAUUCAGGCUGUAGCUAUAGCAGUCAGUUUGGUCCCUUGUGCAGUCCUCUCGGACCUUGAUGUAAAUUCUAGUAAAUGUUAAUUCACAUAUUCGUAACAAAAAUGCUAUUUCCGUUGCAUUUGUCCAAAUUGAAGUAUCAGUUUCUUUUCCAGCCAGGACAAUCUGAAUUUUCCUUGCCUUAGACUUGGAGGAAAGUUCUUGUGUUGGAUAAUGCAGCGAUGUGCUUGUCCGAACAUUGUCAUGGUGACCUACUUUCAAAAGGUUUUUAUGUAGUGAAAGAAAAUGCAAAUUAAGGUUGUUUCUGCCUUCA